AUGCCCCAAACACUCAAACUUGACGAAGAGUUGCUGGAGGAGGACAUUGGCACACUCAGUCCAUACCCCUCAAUGGCGUCGGCAUCCAGCUCUCGAGCCAGUUCAGCAACAAUCUCCAGCACGACAGUGUCUCAAUUGCCGGAGGACCUCGACAUCCACCUAAUGAUGCAUCAGAACUCGACAAGGAGACAAAGUUUUGGCCCUUUAGCGUCACCGUCGUCCCCUACGCUUUCUCUUCCAAGUGACGUUAGGCCCAAGCAACUUUCGCGUUCGCACACCCUCCCUCAUGGGUUCCGUAACAUUGAGAAGAGUCCGAGAAAGAGACAGGUGGAAAUUGAGAAACUUGUCGUUGAUGAGGAACUCGUCAAGAAGAUGCAGAGGUGGAUGCUAGGCAUUGCGGCUGUGCAAUUUGAUUUGGAGGAUGGUCCAGUGAUAGAUGGAAUCUAUCCACCUGUCAAGCUUUCGCCAGCUGAAAGAGAAAAUAUCGCUUUCAGUGCAUUCCCAGAUUCCUUUCAAUUUGACCAGGGCUCACAAAAUCAUUCAUUCCGAAUACGUGAGGAGCUGAAAGAUUUAGCGAACAGACGGUGUCCUCUGUCAGUUGAUGGGUUUAUUUAUGGCUUUGCCCAUUUUACGCAGCGGAGGGAUCCCACGUCGAAGCGAGGUUAUUACCAGUCUUCGAUUGUGAUCCUGACGUACCAUCCAUAUCCCGCCCUGUUUUCUGCGUUAGCCUCCAUCCUCGGACCGCUGUUUCAAUCGCAUGAAAUCCCGAUGCUAGAAUCAGCUUGCUAUAACAUUGCGACAUGGCGGGACCCAACUCCAGGAGAGACUCUGGAGCUUGGCUUCCUUGGUACGGUUUUACACGUAGAGAUUCCACAUUCAGUGGACACUCAACAACUGACGGAGACAUCUUCAUUUAACGAGAAAUACAAUCCGAAGCGUCAUAUCUUGGCUACAACAACACCUUUUUUACCCCCUCCAUUGCUUCUUUUUGAGGCAUCUCUCUCAAAUCUGUGGUCAAUAUGGGAAUGUCUCGUUUUAUGCGAGCCCAUCCUGAUUUUUGGGGCAUCUCCGGCCCAGACAAGUCAGGCCAUUUGGUGGUUGAGGGAUCUGCUGCGUCCAAUACCCGUAGCGGGCGAUUUUCGGCCCUACUUCACAAUGCAGGAUGGCGACCUUUCCUUGCUGGUUAACAAGUUGCCCCCCAAGGCUGGAUUAAUCCUUGGGGUAACUAACCCCUUCUUCGAGAAAUCAUGUGCCCAUUGGCCGCACGUUCUAAGCUUGGGGCGACGUUCGAUUCCAACGAGUGCCAGUUUCAAAACUCCAUCAUUAGAUUCUUCGGCGGGACCUGCUCCUGGAUGGAAGACUAGGACACAUAAACGAUAUAUAUCCAAGGACCGCGUCCUGCUCAAACAGCUCGAGCAUGCAUGUCGGGGAGAUGACCGUAGUCGAUUAAUGGCUUCUCUGGCACUCCGACGUCACUUUUGCUCUCGCACAACGCAACUAAUCACGCCUCUUGCAAGAUACCUCAAUAGCCUGAUACCCUCACCCACCGAAGUCAGCCGUGCACGGACCUCGACCAAUAUCCUUCGGUUGAAACCUUUUAACUCAGCCAACUUCUUUGCGUCUCUAAAAGCGCAUGGGAGCACUCUUCCUUUCAAAUCUACGGGCAAGCGUACUGAAUUUUAUGAACGGUGGCUCAAGUCGCCUGCUUUUGGGACAUGGGUUGCGCAACAAGAACAGAUUGUGCAGGACGUAUUGAACACUGACGAACCACUUAGCACGUAA